AUGUCUUCGCGCGAUCAGACAGCGGCGGCGAUUCUCGCCAGCGUCGCCAUGGCCUGUGACGGAGCGCUGGUAGGGGUCGCCCUGGCCUUCGUCGCGGCCCAGACGUGGGCCAAGUACCAUCGCUCAUCCGCCGCCCUCGGCAAGAUACGCAGAGCUCCCUCGGCUCGAGUGGCGGACCUCCGAGAAAUUCUUCUCUCCUCCGAUGAGGAAUCGUCCUCCUCCGGAUCUCCCUCCAUGUCGUCCGGCGACGCGAGGCUCGUGGUCGUUCGCGGCGAGGUCCAGACGAGGUGGUCUCCGGGAUCGAAGAACAGCGGUGCCCUGGUCUCCCAGGGUUCCGGCGAGAGGGCCGUCAUCGUGCAGAGAACGUCGACGGUAACGGCCCCUCGAUUCACACAUCGGAACCUUACCUCUCUUCUUGUGAUUUUUCUUUCUCUCGUCUUGUUUGCUCUAAUCCUCGUUCUCCGCUCCCUUCCCUCCCCUUCCAAUUCAGCUCAUCUUGAGUUUCGCGUUCUUGUGGGUGCCCGUUUUUGCAUUGAUGUCUCACGAGCUCUCAUCACUUGUACAGUGCUUGUACAGCGAGUGGCGUGGUAUCUUCGGAUGGAGUAUUGAUCUCCAUGCACUCUUUGCCAAGACAUGGAAAGAACAACACUCGAGCUCUCUGCGGACGGUGAGACACUGUAGCAUAUUGUUCCGACGAUGAAUAAAAUCUUAAUUCGUAUUUCUGGAAUCGCGGGAAGUUCCGAGGAUUUUAGUAUGGAAUAUGGUUUACAGCCAAGUGAGAAGUUGACAUUUCCUUCUUCACCGUCACAAAAAAAUAAAGAAAAACGUACUUCUGGAUAGUCAUUUGAGAUUUAAAUGUACAUGGUUAAUUGAGGACCUUUUGAUAUAGUUUCUAGAAGAAAUUUCCUAGUACAUUUCAUGAAGCCCAUCAAAUUGUUUCCUGAAAUAAAGGGUUCCUGACAAGACUUCUUUUGAUAUUUUAGUUUUAAGAAUGUGGCCAAAAUAGGAUGAUUUUAUUAGAGUGGUCAGUCACAUUGGGAUCGAAAAUUCCUUCAUGGAACAUUAAGCUGGGAUAAGAUGUGGGAAAGCAGAUUCGAGUGCAGGUCAACAGCUUCCUUAAUAGAACUAAUUGUCCUUGGCGAUCUCUGAGUGGUGCAUUCAAGAAUGGAGAAGAGAAUGGAGAAUGUCUUUUACUAGGCGUAUCCCACGUUAUUAGCUUCCUGCUUACUACAUUCCUUUUGUUCCUUUUAUGUUUUGACCAGUGGAAAGUAAUGGAUUGUUUUGUGAGCUCAGGAGGGGUAUGGCAUGAGGAACUUCUGUCCUUUCUACGUUCUUAUUUUUUUGUUUAGGGUGAUUUGUUGUGUGGAAUUAGUUCUGGGGCUUGUUUAUAGGAUGGAAGGUUUCUCCUUGGUGAGAGUAGGCCACAUCAGUUACUCGUGCACAGAUGUAAGGGAAGUGUUGAAUGAAAAAAUGAGGAUUGAUAAUUCGGGUUUCGUGCUAAGGUAACUGGCAGUAACGUGGUUGAGAAUUAGGUUUGAUAAUUCCGCUGUUGUAUGGAUGAACAUUAUUCAAAAGUAACUGGUGGGGACUGCUAGAUAACUGGUUGCUCAAUAGCCAAGGUUAGAAACAUCACAUCUUAUCUUGAGAGACCUUGAAGGAAUUUAGAAAUGUAAAGUACUAGUGUUCCAGCAUUAGGAGCAUGAUCGCUAAUUGUGAUACCUUGUAAUUUGUGAGCAGAUGUUAGGGCCUUUCCCAGACUGAUCGGGUGAGGUUCCUCUUGCUUUGGAUAUUGGCAUGGUAUUGAAGAGAUAUGAUUGACCUGUAAAGCCCUUCUUCUUGUUCAAAGGGACAUAAUUUUAUAGAAUUACUUAUUUUAUGUGAAACAGAAUAUUCAUGGAGUGAUGACCGCUGAUUUAUCAUUUCUUUUUGGACACUUACUGAGAAACUGUUGUGUGAGUUAUCUAUAAACUCAAAUUGAUUGGAGGGGCUGCAUGAGGAACAUCCUAGACCAUAGAUAUUACAGGAGGCAACAGAAGGUAACAAAUGUUCUGCUUCUGAGGUCUAGUAUGCCGCCAGCAGGGAGACUUUCCCAAAAGAGCUGAUGAUUCGCAAGAGACAAAUUUGAAUCAAAGUGGCAAUGGAAAAGUAGGCAUUUUUCUGGAAGGUGACUCCAGUUUCAACAAGAUGUUUAAUGGGGUGUUUCAAGCUUUAGAUAUGCAUACUAUUGAAAAGAAAAAGGUGGGGAGCUUCUUUCUAGACCUGUAUUGUACAAUUUUAUGGUCCUUCUGUGGGUAAGAACAAUGAAUCUCACAGGUGAAAAGCCUCAUGGACACUUGCGUUGAUUUAAAAUUGGAGGUACGAAAAAUGAGCCACUAUUUAAGUUAAUGUUUUCGAUGUAAAGGUAAAUGAGAUUCAUUCUAUGGGAAAACCUGGAGUCGAAUGAAUUAGGCCAAACUCAUUAGUCAAAUGAAUGAGUGUAAAGAUGGAUAAUGUUGUCAAUCGAUGUUUUGCUUUUAGCAAUUGUGCUUUGUAUCAUCAUUGAUGUAAGAAUAAUUUAAGGGUAUCAUUUGUAUGUAUCAUGGACAUUGUCCUUUUAAUGACGAUUUUGAUCCUGCUUUUUACUUGCAACAGAGGGCUAAAGUAGGUCUAGCAUGCGGUUAUUUCAUCCACUCAACUUAGCUUUAGGAGAUCAAAUUUUUAGACCAUCUUUACACGUUCAUUACAUCUUUUUGUUAGGAAUGGGUUAUAGAAGACCAAAUUAAGAUAUAUCUGCAGCUGGUCUUAUUGUUUUCUGGAAUACUGGAUGGAGAACGACCUCGUCUUUGAAAGAUGGCUAUUUUAUUGAAUAAACAUACCUGAAAGUACAGGCUGAAAUGUGCUGAGAGCAAUUUCCUUUGUGCUUCCACUGUCUGUAGGCGUUAGUGUAGCCUAUUCUUUUCAACCGAUAUACGUUUAAGGGGUAACGAUAAAUUCAAAAUAAAUUCUACAAUUUGCUUUACUCUUUUUGUUUAUUGACGUUUAUUGACUGCUUUGAUUCUUUUUUUUUCCCCUUUCCUGCAGGUGCCUUUUGUUCUUGUUGACGACGGUUAUUGGCCUCACAGAGAGUAUGUUAAUGUAACGUUGGAAGGUUCAACACAUCCUUUACCUCUCACGACUGUCUAUCAUCAGCUACUGCCUGUUCAGGCCACGACAUACACUUUUAUACAGGCCAUGUUUGGUCAUGGAUACCCUGUAUGUUUUUGUCAGUAAUUGAAUAUGAUUGUGGCCUUUCCUCUCGUUGGCUUUUCUUUCUCAUCGCUUUGCUUUGUGAACUCUUCGAUGAAAGGUUGCUUUACUGGACGAAGAGAAGAUUCUUCCAGUUGGGAAGGAAAUUACUGCAGUCGGUCUUUGCAGCUGGAAUGGUGGUGUUCUCGAGAUGAAAUCAUCUGAUGACCUUCCAUGUUUCUUGUAAGUGCUUGGUAUUUUUUUCCUUUUUCAUAUUCUAGAAACAUGUCUGUUUCUGACAUCCAGUCUGCUGAUCAGCACUUCAUUACCUUUCUUAAUGUUGCUUACUUUCAUUUCAUCGUUUUUCUGUACACUAUCAACAGACGGAUGCUACAUUUGUUAGGCAUGAAGCUUCGUAGCUAUAUACUUCUACUGCGAUACUUUAUCUCUCAUUGUUCGUAUUGUUUUGAUUGCAAUUAUUUUUCAGUCAUACCAAAUGAGUAUCAUGUAUGAAUUGUCAUCUAUAUAUAGUUUGGUGGGCACUAAUCCACAGUGAUUCAAGACUGUAGGGCCUAUUUUCUCAAGGACAUAAUUAGACAUCUGUAAAUUCUGCUUAGCGCUGCCUCCUCUCUUAUUGAGGUUUCGGACAUGAAGCCUGGCAACAUCCCAGUGUCUCCCUUUUAAUCCAACUUGCUGCAACCACCCUGAAGCUACUCAAUCAGCACAAGAAUUGCUGUGUUGCCAAUCUUAAGGAGCUGUCAGAACUGAAGCUGAUCUUAUCAAAGAUCCAUUCGAAUGAGUAUAUACGAAACAUGCUUUAGGUUCUGGGCCAUACAUGGCUGAUUUCACCCAAAUACACUUGAAAUCUCUGGUCAUUCCAACUUUCCUCCUUGGGUUCCAUUCUUAUCUAUGAUAUUUGGAAGAAGAUCGAAUGCGCUACAGUGUUGACUAUCUUAACCUUCAAAGGCUACCCUAGAAACUGAGUAGACGGUGAAUUUGCGCUGCUACCCUGGUUUAGACCCAUCAAUUAAUCAAUUGGGACGUACAUGAUUAUGUGAUUAUAACCUUUUUUUCCCGAAUUCUUAGCUUUGUGAGUACAAGGUCAACGAUCUGGUGGGGAAAUAUUCCCAUGGAACCUGGAUUCUGAUGAUGCUGAGUUCUUUUAUGGUAAAAUAUUCUACUCUCUCUGCCAGGUCGGACUUGUCAAAGAGCGAGAUGGAAGCGGAUCUGACCCUCAAUGUGAACAUCCUCCUGUGGAGUGGCAUCUUCCUCGGAGUACUAUCCAUGGGCAUUCUCGGCUACGCCGUUCGAAGGUAUCAUCAUCUCGCAUUAGAUAUAAUUUCAACCGACGUGUGGUCGCAACAAGCCAAGCCAAUCCAAGCUGAUCAUCACAGAUAUUCCCACGUUGACCAAACGUUUUUCCUUUAUUGGAAAGUCAAAACCCGAAGCCUCUUUGGGUGCAGAAAUUGGCGGAGAUUCAAGGAUUGGCGGAGCAGAAGGCGGCUCCGCAGCGAGUCGAGCCCGAGUGAAGGGGAGGAGCCCAACGACGCAGAGGAAGAGGAAUCGGGGGAGGUUCCCGACGGAGCGCUCUGCGUGAUCUGCCUGACGAGGCAGCGGAGGUGUGCGUUCAUUCCCUGCGGCCACCGGGUCUGCUGCUUCCCCUGUGCGGCGGCCGUGAAGCGUGAUUCCUCUCCCAAGUGCCCCGUCUGCCGACAAGACGCCCCCAAUUUUGUAAGGAUCUUCGACUCCUGA